AUGCCUGGUAGACCUCAGAGGAACAGAAGAAAAGGCAAAGAUGAACCAAAAAAGAAAUAUGGAAAGUUGUCCAAGUGUGGAGUGAAAAUGACAUGUUCCAAGUGCCAUCAACAAGGACAUAACAAAAGAUAUUGUAAGGCUGAAAAUUGGAUGCCUUCACAACAAGGUAGCCAAAGCUCACAAGGUGCUAGCCAACCUGAUGCAGCUGGAAGCUCAAGCCAACCUACAAACUCUGUGUGCUUUGAUACAACAAGGGUUAGAAGGGUUAAUGAAGCUAGAAGCUCAAGCCAACCAACACCAAGUUCAACAGAUUCGAGCAGGCCUGCUAGAAGAGGAUUAGGUAGUCAACUUCCUUUAAAAGGUAAAGCAACUACCAGCCAAAAGAGAGGAAGGGGUACAAGUAAAGAAGAUGCUGAAAAAGGAGCACAAAAAAGGUCCAAAAAUGUUGGAUUUGGCAUCUACACAGCUGCAAGUGGAACUAAAAUAUUAGAUCCCGGAACAUCAAGCCAACGAGUUAUGCCCGGAACAUCAAGCCAACGAGUUAUGGUAAGUGGUUCAACUUAUACGAGUGCAGCUCCAACAGGAAUUGACCUUGGUUUUAAGGCUAGAGGCUUGAG